AGGCCGUGGGGCUCAGCGGGCGCCGCUAGCGGGUGCAUGUUGGGGCGUGCGUUCCGGAGGCGCUGCCCACGGGGGCUGCGGCGCGUCCGGGAGGCGCUGCUAGCGCUGCUGGCGCUGGCUGGGCUGGGCGCGGUGCUGCGGGCUCGAAGUGGGUCUGGGACGGUGGAGACCCGGGCCGGGCCGGUGGACUCGGUGCCCCCGCGCACUCUUCGCCUUGGGCGUCGGGACCCGGUGCUGCCCAGGCCGCCCCUGGCCGCCGAUGCGCUGGGCGCGCAGGGGGAGGCGGUGCGGCUGCAGCUGCAGGGCGAGGAGCUGCGGCUGCAAGAGGAGAGCGUGCAGCUGCACCAGAUCAACAUCUACCUGAGCGACCGCAUCUCGCUGCACCGACGCCUGCCUGAACGCUGGAACCCUCUGUGCAGAGAGGAGAAAUACGAUUAUGAGAAUUUGCCCGGGACGUCUGUUAUCAUAGCCUUUUAUAAUGAAGCCUGGUCAACACUCCUUCGGACAGUUUACAGUGUCCUGGAGACCUCUCCUGACAUCCUGCUGGAGGAGGUCAUUCUGGUUGAUGACUACAGUGAUAGAGAGCACCUGAAGGAGCGCUUGGCCAAUGAGCUGUCCCAUCUGCCCAAGGUGCGCCUGAUCCGUGCCAGCAAGAGAGAAGGCCUAGUGCGAGCCCGGCUACUGGGAGCCUCUGUGGCCAAGGGUGAAGUGCUGACCUUCCUAGACUGUCAUUGUGAAUGCCAUGAGGGGUGGCUGGAGCCUUUGCUGCGGAGGAUCCACGAGAAGGAGUCGGCAGUGGUGUGCCCCGUGAUCGAUGUGAUUGACUGGAACACCUUCGAGUAUCUGGGCAACGCCGGGGAGCCCCAGAUUGGAGGCUUUGACUGGCGGCUGGUAUUCACGUGGCACGUGGUUCCCCAGCGGGAGCGGGAGUCGAUGCGGUCCCCAAUCGAUGUUAUCAGGUCUCCAACAAUGGCUGGGGGGCUGUUUGCUGUGAGUAAGAGAUAUUUUGAAUAUCUGGGGUCCUAUGAUACAGGAAUGGAAGUCUGGGGAGGAGAAAACCUCGAGUUCUCCUUUAGGAUCUGGCAGUGUGGUGGCACUCUGGAAACACACCCCUGCUCGCACGUAGGCCAUGUUUUCCCUAAGCAAGCUCCCUAUUCGCGCAGCAAGGCCCUGGCCAACAGUGUCCGAGCCGCUGAAGUGUGGAUGGAUGAAUUUAAAGAACUCUACUACCACCGCAAUACCCGGGCCCGCCUGGAACCCUUCGGGGACGUGACGGAGAGGAGGAAGCUUCGGGCCAAGCUCCAGUGUAAAGACUUCCGGUGGUUCCUGGAGACAGUGUACCCAGAACUGCACGUGCCAGAGGACAGGCCUGGCUUCUUCGGGAUGCUCCAGAACAAAGGACUCCGAGGGUACUGCUUUGACUAUAACCCUCCUAAUGAAAACCAGAUCGACGGCUACCAGGUCCUUUUGUACCUCUGCCACGGGUUGGGGCAGAACCAGUUUUUCGAGUAUACAUCCCAGAAGGAAAUACGCUACAACACCCGCCAGCCUGAGGCCUGCAUAGCUGUGGAGGAAGGGAAGGAUGUCCUUAUCAUGCAUCUCUGCAGCGACACCGUCCCGGAGAAUCAGGAGUUCAUCCUACAUGAGGACGGCACUUUAGUUCACAAACAGACCGGGAAAUGUGUCGAAGCCACGAAGAAGGACGUUGGCCACGGUUUUGUACCACUCUUGCGGGACUGCACCAACUCAGAUAAACAGAAAUGGGUCUUCAAGGAACACGUGUCAUAGUGCAUCGCCUUGUCAAGGAAGAAGCCCAUCAUGGCCAUGAACUCUGUACCCAGUGAGAUGGAGGAAGUGCAUGGUUGCCAUUUGUGAAUGUGUUGGAUUUCACAAGAAUGUGAAUAAGUUUUGUACAGAUUUUGAAAACUUUAAAAAUGUCUCCCAGUACCCUGUUUUCUAAGGGCAAUCCUAAGAUGUUACCUUUGGUAUUUGGAAAGGCUGAUAGGAUUUUUUUUUUCCCUAUCAAGAUGUGCAUUUUACAAUGGUGCCUUUUAUUCUCACUAGCAAGAAGGUAAAUAUUUUAUUUUGGUACUUACAAGGAUCCCUGGGUAUGUGUACUUUGCACAAACUGAUAAUACCUCAAAUGUCGAGUUAGAGUUUUCUCAGUGGGGUGAGAUGAACACUAGAAACAUCGUGUUGAUUUCUUCAAGUGUGAGUUAGAUGAGGUGGUCUAGAUUUAUAUAAUAAAGAAUGCUUUUUUGCUUA